GCAGUUUCCUUGAGCAUGCGCAGUUGCCUUUCCAGGCAUUCUACGUUGGGCGUACGUCAAGAUGGCGGUCGCCAUACUAAACACGCUAGUGAGGCGGUUUCCUAGCCUUUCCAUCUUCAGAAAUGCCAGUGGAGUUCAGGUUCCCCUCCAGACCCUUUGCACCCACGUCCCCCCUGAAAAAGAUUCAUUGCCCCCAAUUCCCAAUUCCCCUUAUGAGAAUGAACCCUGGAAAUAUCUGGACUCAGAAGAAUACCAGAACCGUUAUGGUACCCGCGCAGUCUGGGCUGACUACCGCCGCAACCACAAAGGUGGUAUCCCCCCACAACGGACUCGAAAGACCUGUAUUCGUAAGAAUAAAGUUGCUGGGAAUCCUUGUCCCAUCUGCCGGGAUCACAAUUUGCAUGUCGACUUUAGGAAUGUGAAGCUCUUGGAACAGUUUGUCUGUGCCCACACGGGUAUCAUCUUCCAUGCUCCAUAUACAGGAGUGUGUAUGAAGCAGCAUAAGAAGUUGACCCAGGCCAUCCAGAAAGCCAGAGAUCACGGUCUCCUCAGUUACCACAUUCCUCAGGUGGAACCCCGGGACCUUGACUUCAGUACCUCUCAUGGAGCUGUGACUUCUACACCACCAGCCCCUACCCUAGUUUCAGGUGACCCUUGGUACCCAUGGUACAGCUGGAAGCAACCACCAGAAAGAGAACUGUCACGCCUUCGCCGGCUCUAUCAGGGCAAUCUCCUAGAAGAAAGUGGCCCCCCACCUGAGUCAAUGCCAGAGGUGCCUCUGGCACCACCAACUGAAGCCUCCUCCACUGAGCAGACCAGCCCCCAGAAUUCUCCAUAAGAUUUACAAACUGAGGAGGGAACCUGAGGGAUUAGGAGGUAGUGCCUAGGAUUAUAUGACGGUAUGUGACCCUGUUUUGUGACCAUUGGCAGACCCAGGAGUUGUUGAAAGGGAUAAACCUGUCUGAGAGUGAGGAAGGGCAGUACAGACUGAAUGGGAAACCCCCCCAGCCCUAUACAUUGUAGAGGGGCUCAACCGUUGUUUCAGACUUCUGCAAACUCAGCUUUUCCACAAUAAAGCUGUAUUUCUGUCUCCA